AUGGCACUGAUUUGCCGGCUUGCCGUUCGUUCCGGGUCCCUUGCAGUUCAUCAGCCUAUCAACGACGCUGUUGAGGGACACGCCCAAGUCAAGGACACUCCCAGGCUGGCCCAUGUAUCGACUGAUCAUGGCCAGCCAUCCGAUGGCGGUCUGCGAAUAUCCGCACCCGCCAGCGAGGUUGGUAGUGACCAUCAAAAAUGGCGGCCCGAGCAUUAA